AUGUCGUCCGCUUCGGGGCCAUCCUCUAACCCGUCAAAACCGGCAAAUACACAAGUCCAACUUGGACCUCCUCCCGCAGCCCCGACCUACACCGGAACCGUCGAAACAGGCUCUCACCGCCGAGGCUUUGCGAAUCCUGCCUCAGUGAGAAAUUCGUCUGCACCGAGAAACAACCAGGGCCGAAAGCAGCAGCACAAACGUCAUCGUCGGCCCCGCUUGGUAGACGAGGAUGCGCUUGCAGAGUCUAUUGCAGUGAAUAGCACGAUGAGUCGAAAAGGACAGACCUCGAUCACCCAUCUGAUGAACUUCUCCCUUCCACCCCGCCCACACCAUCGUCACCACCACCACCAUCAUCACACGCCGUAUAGACCGCCUCGCCGUACUCAUGGAUGGGGAAUCCGUUCGGGUGCGGUAGAUAAAGCCAGAUACGUCCAUGCCAACUAUCGGUUCAUUGUAAAUCCAACGAAGAACUACCACUCCCAGGCCACAAAUGCAGAUGUCCACCUUGACUGGGACACGGUUUUGCAGGUUUUGGUUUCCUCCGAAACCCAGAAGACUAGUUGUCCGAUCUGCCUCUCCACCCCCGCUGCACCGCGGAUGGCCAAAUGUGGCCAUAUAUUCUGCCUUCCUUGCCUCAUUCGGUAUAUGCACUCGAGUGAUGACUCCAAUCCAGUUCCCGAAAAGAGGCCCAGAUGGAAAAAAUGUCCGAUUUGCUGGGAUGCCAUCUACAUAUCAGAUACUCGUUGCGUUGCAUGGCAUACAGGACAGCAAGCCGACAUGCUUAUGGAGGGCGGCGAUGUUCUGCUUCGGUUGGUCUGGCGGAUGCCGGGAAGCACACUGGCCCUUCCCCGCGACGGCGCAAUUAUUGGGCCCGAAGAAGACAUUCCAUGGUACCAUAUCGCAGAUGUGCCCGAUUACGCUCGGAUCAUGAAAGGUGGCGAGGACUACAUGCUCUCUCAUUAUGAUACUGAGAUUGAGGAGCUCAGAAAGCUGGAGCAUGAAGAUAAUCUACUCUUUGGAGAGGAUUCAACAUGGACAGGCAAAGCGAUCGCGGCCGUCAAAGAUGCAAAGGAGAAGGUAAAAGGAAUCGGCAAUCCCCCGGAACUAUCGAGAGAAUCAGUCGAGCGACGACCGCCUAAAACACUUCCGUCUGAAUCCUUGGAUGGUGCUCCUGAUAUGUAUCAUUUCCAACGAGCGUUAAAGUCCGGCAAUAGUUCUUCGAGUGCAUCUAUUACCGGUCCAAGUCUAGGCUCGAGUAGUUCGAAGAUCAACGAUGCGACAACGGCCGAGGAGUACCUUUCUGCAGGUGUUUCAAAACUGACCAUCGACUCGAACGAAGCCAACCCUUCAGUUAAAACAGACACUGUCGCUAAACAUGGCCGCUCGGUCACCGCGGAUAAAUCAAGAUCUGGUCAUAUGCCUCACUCCAGCGAUCAACCGUACUAUUUUUACCAAGCUCUCCCUCACUUUUAUCUUUCACCUUUGGACAUACGCAUCUUGAAGGCAGAAUUUGGCGAUUUUUCACAGUUUCCGUCUGCGAUCCUACCUCGAGUGGAGCACAUAUCAACAGGCUACGUGGUGGAUGACGAUUUACGCAAGCGUGCAAAGUAUCUAGGCCACUUACCGUAUGGGUGUGAGGUAAGUUUUUUGGAGUGCGAUUGGACCGAUCUUGUUAGCCCCGCAAUCCUCGAGAAGUUUGCUCCUGAAAUCAGCCGCCGUCGGAAGCGAAAUAAGGAGAAGGCGGCUACAGAAGAAAAGGAACGUAUCCGCGCGGAGAAAGAGGAAGAGGACAAGAGGUGGGCCGCGGUCAGGAGGAAGAGGCCGAGUAUAGGAGCUCCCUCCAACCAGCCGUUUUCGGAAACUGAUUUCCAACCUCUUGCGGGUCCGUCUAGCGCAGAGGGCCCCCCCGUUCCUGAGGCGACCUUCCCACAGGGCCCGCCUUCACCCGGACCAUCUCGAGAGCAGAGCCAUUCGUCGUUCGCUGCGCUCGCUUCACCGUCCAGCAGUCCACCGACACGCCGGACGGUCUGGGGCACGGCAGCUGUGGAGUCCAGCUCGGAGCCAUUGCCAUACCGGAGCCAAAACGAGGUCGACGACGGAUGGCUCCAGGGUUGGGAGAGGGAGCUACUGCUGGCAGAGCAGGAAGAGGUUCUUGCGGUGCGAGAGAACGCAGCUCCCGCCGCAGGAAACGGCAAAAGAAAGAAAAACAAGAAAAUCACGCUGAUGUCCACCAACGCCAGGCGAGCAGCUUGAGCGAUGUAAUUGUCGUUUGCUCGAUGUGUAUCUUUGCUGUGAGGCGUGCAAAAUAUAUGUAUUUUUGCUUCUGUAGCUACGGAGUACCCUGGGUGCAGAUAGUAAAUAGAUUGGUGCUACACACGACCUGAGAAC